UUUUUCAGAGGGGAGGCAAAACGAUUAGGAAGGGCGUGCACCGGACUGGUUGGGCGGCAGGGAGGUUUUUUUUAAUCUCUUUUAUUUCAGUGACCGAGCCCAGAUCGGGGAGGUAACCUCACUGUUGCUGCUGCGGUGGGCCGUCUCGCCGAAGCUGUUGGGUCCGGGGCUCCGGUGAUGAGGAUGCGAGGUGCCCCUCUCUAAUGCGGGAGGGGGUGCUGGCCGUGUUCUCGGAUCCCUCGGAGCUGUCCAACGGCUGGCCAGGUCCUCACAAUUCCUGCCCAAGGAGGUAACACAGGAAUUUAUUAAACAUUUUCAGGCACUAACUUGAAACAAGAAGUGCACAUCUUUUCCAGUUGCACUGAGAGGUGCCAAUCCACACAGGAACUGCAGAGAGGAACGCGAACACCAGGCCUGGUGUCCGUGUUCCUUUUGUCCAUGGAGAAAACAGCCUAUUCUGUUGAGAGAAAUAUCAGAAAUUGCUAUCCAAAGGAAAAUAUGGAUGGGAACGACAAUAAGAAGCCUGAGAGUCUAGAAGCUGCUUUGCCUUCUGAGCCUCCAAAGAGAAGGCGGGGAAGACCACCCAAGAAAAAGGAGGCACAGAUUGGCCCCUUACCUGAAAAGAGACCACGAGGCAGACCCAAAGGAAGCAAAACCAUCAAUACCUCUGGAUCUAUGCUCCAGGUCGAAACUUUGGCCAAGAAGAAGCCAAGAGGGAGACCCCGGAAAUGGGAAAAGGCCCCAGUGGAAGAGGCUGCCAUAAAACCAGAGAAAGAGAAGACCUCUGCAGAUCCCGUGGCAUCAUCCUUAUUCCCUCACGCUCCUACUCACCUGAGACCAAGUGACUGCGAAGCCGGAGAGUCUUAAUUUGAUCCACUGGCCACUUGAAUGAAAUAAAGAGACAAGAUCUCUGUG